CCUGCCCCGCGCCUCAUGGAGGGCGCAGGGUCCCGGGGGGCCGGGCCGGCGCGGUGCCAGGGAGCCCGAGGGCCGCCGCCGCUGCUGCUGCUGCUCUGGCUGCUGCCGGGUCUCGCGGCGCCCCAGGAGUUGAACCCGCGAGGCCGCAACGUGUGCCGCGCGCCCGGUUCCCAGGUGCUCACCUGCUGCGCUGGCUGGAGGCAGCUGGGGGAUGAGUGUGGGAUCGCGGUGUGUGAAGGCAAUUCCACGUGCUCAGAAAACGAGGUGUGUGUGCGGCCAGGCGAGUGCCGCUGCCGACAUGGUUACUUCGGUGCCAACUGCGACACUAAGUGCCCGCGCCAGUUCUGGGGCCCCGACUGCAAGGAGAGGUGCAGUUGCCACCCGCACGGACAGUGCGAGGACGUGACCGGACAGUGUACGUGUCACGCGCGCCGCUGGGGUGCGCGCUGCGAGCAUGCGUGCCAGUGCCAGCAUGGCACGUGCCACCCGCGGAGCGGCGCGUGCCGCUGCGAGCCGGGCUGGUGGGGUGCGCAAUGCGCUAGCGCGUGCUACUGCAGCGCCACAUCAAGGUGCGAUCCACAGACCGGCGCCUGCCUGUGCCACGCAGGCUGGUGGGGCCGCAGCUGCAACAACCAGUGCGCCUGCAACUCCUCGCCCUGCGAGCAGCAGAGCGGCCGCUGCCAGUGUCGCGAGCACACGUUCGGCGCACGCUGCGAUCGCUAUUGCCAGUGCCUCCGCGGUCGGUGCCACCCGGUGGACGGCACGUGCGCCUGCGAUCCGGGCUACCGGGGCAAGUAUUGUCGCGAGCCAUGCCCCGCUGGCUUCUAUGGCCUGGGCUGUCGCCGUCGGUGUGGCCAGUGCAAGGGCCAGCAGCCAUGCACUGUAGCCGAUGGCCGUUGUGUGACCUGCGAACCCGGCUGGAACGGAACCAAAUGUGACCAGCCCUGCGCCACAGGUUUCUAUGGCGAGGGUUGUGGCCACCGCUGCCCGCCCUGCCGCGAUGGGCAUUCCUGCAACCAUGUCACUGGCAAGUGUACGCGCUGCAAUGCGGGCUGGAUCGGCGACCGGUGCGAGACCAAGUGCAGUAACGGCACUUACGGUGAGGACUGUGCCUUCGUGUGCUCUGACUGCGCCAGCGGCCACUGUGACUUCCAGUCCGGGCGCUGCCUUUGCAGCCCUGGUGUUCACGGACCUCACUGUAAUGUAACGUGCCCGGCCGGGCUCCAUGGCGUGGACUGCGCCCAGGCCUGCAGCUGUCACGAGGAAUCAUGCGACCCGGUCACCGGUGCCUGCCACCUGGAGACCAAUCAGCGCAAAGGUGUGAUGGGCGCGGGCGCGCUGCUCACUCUGCUCCUCGGCCUGCUCCUCUCGCUGCUCGGCUGCUGCUGCGCCUGCCGGGGCAAGGACCCGGCGCGCCGGGAACUCGCGCUGGGAAGGAAGAAGGCCCCCCAACGCCUUUGCGGGAGCUUCAGCCGCAUCAGCAUGAAGCUGCCCCGAAUCCCGCUUCGCAGACAGAAGCUGCCCAAAGUCGUAGUGGCCCACCAUGACCUAGACAACACACUCAACUGCAGUUUCCUGGAGCCGCCCUCGGGGCUGGAGCAGCCCUCUCCAUCGUGGUCCUCCAGGGCUUCCUUCUCCUCCUUCGACACUACCGACGAAGGCCCUGUGUACUGCGUGCCCCACGAGGAGGCGACGACCGAGAGCCGAGACUCGGAAGCUGCUGCUCCGGCGGAGGUGCCCGCUCCAUCCCUAGCGCCCACGAGCACCCCGGCGCCCGCGGAGGAGGCAGCGGCUCUCCCCGCGUCCUCAGACAGCGAGCGCUCGGCGUCCAGCGUGGAGGGGCCCGGGGGGGCGCUGUACGCGCGUGUGGCCCGGCGCGAGGCCCGGCCGGCCCGGGCCCGAGCUGAGGCUGGGGGCCUGUCCCUGUCUCCGUCGCCCGAGCGCAGGAAACCGCCGCCACCCGACCCUGCCACCAAGCCUAAGGUGUCCUGGAUCCACGGCAAGCAGGGCUCCGCGACCGCUGCACCGUCCCCGCCGCCCGCGGGCCGCGUGGCUGCGCCGAGCCCUAGCGGGAGGAAACGGACCCCCAGCAACACGUCGGUGCAGCCCGCGGGCCCGGCCGAGGAGGUCCCCGCCCCGGCCGCAGCCUCGCCGCCCCGGGCCCGAGCGCGCGGCCGCGGCCCGGGUCUCUCGGAGCCCACGGGCGGGGGGCCCCCGCGCAGCGCGCCCGAGGCGGCCUCUCUGCUGGCGGCCGAGCUGCGCGACAAGACUCGCAGCCUGGGCCGCGCCGAGGGGCCGCCGGGACCACGCGAGAAGCCGCCGCCGCCGCAGAAGGCCAAGCGCUCCGUGCUCCCCGCCUCGACGGCCCGCGCGUCCGCGCCGUCGGAGGCCACGGCGCCCGAGAAGGCAGCGGCCGCUGCGGCCGCGCCCGAGACCCCCCGGAAGAAGACCCCCAUCCAGAAGCCGCCUCGGAAGAAGAGCAGGGAGGCAGCGGCGGCGGGGGAGCCGAGCAGGGCGGGGGCGCCGCCCGCAGCUUCCUAGGCCCGCAGCCCCGCGGUCCACCGCGUUUCUCGGCGCGGUUUCCCGCGGCCGCAGCGGAGCAUUUCAUUGGCCCAAGCACCUAGCGCCCGGCCCGGCC